GCGUGUUGAUGACGCUUUCAUCCACAACAACAACAGAACUCAGCUGCUGUAAAGCUAACUAGCCGGCCUAGUUAUUCUGAGAUUUUCUUAAUAUUUUCUUUUACAUUUAAAGUUGUAUUGGUGCCUUAAUACUUAAUACUUCAUUAUUCGUUCGGUUAUGACGUUGUUGUAUAAUAUCGAUUUCAGUUCUUCUUUUAUAUUGAGUUUGUAAGUCUUUGGCUGCUAGGCUAGCAGUGCUAAUAUGUUAGCUUUCAAACCGAGUAGAGCUCGGAGCCUCUCCUCCAGCUGAAGACCAGAAAUAUUUAUGGCAAAGCCAGAACACAAGACCUACCGGUGGAGAUUCUGACCUCCACCAGUAAACGCCAACCUUUCGUCAUCUGUCAAAAAUGUCGCCACAGAAGAAACUUCUCAUCCCAGUGAGCAGCAGGCGGAAAGCCGUGGACGACUUCUUUCCCUUUAACUCGCUGCCUGUGGAGUGCCAGCUGCAUGUCUUGUCCUUCCUGAACGAGUUGGACAAAUGCAGCUGCGCGCUGGUUUGCCUGAGUUGGAGUUGCCUGGUCCGAUCGUGGAAACUGUGGCGGGUCGCAGACUACUCUCGUCGUGGCGCCUUCCAUCUAGGUCAGGAGGGGCUGCUGGUUUCCAACCGGGAGUUUGAGCGGUGGAAGUCUUGGGUCCACCACUACACCCACCAUUUGGUCUCCCGACGGGCCAGCUUGCUCACGCUAAAGGCCAGCUUCGACCUGGGAGACCGCUGCAACAAGUGGAGCGAACUGCUGAGCCACCUGCUGGAUAACGUCCACUGCAGGGACCUCAGUCAUCUGGAUCUCAACUGGACCUUUACCCUCUUUGAGCCACUGGACCUCAGGGUCCACUCCAGCUCCAGUUCACACCAGGACAGCAUAACGAAGAUGGAUCAGGUGACCAGCUUUCAGGAGCUACUUGGCAAACUCACACACAGUUGCCCUCGAAUCUCCAAGAUGCGUUUACAUUUUGACUGGUCGGAUUUGUCUGUGUCCCUGUUAACCCGGUUCCAGCAGCUGCGAAUCCUCGAGCUCAAGUAUUUCUGGGUCUUCAAACUAGUGACCCCCUCCACGCUGCAGACGCUCACCAAAUCACUGCCUAACUUAAAGUCGCUCACUUUGCACAUCCUGGUGCCGCUGAGGAACCUCGGGAUCUCCUACACAUUGGAGUCCAAGUCUCUGGAGUUUCUGGACGUCUCGCCCAGCCGAGGCUUGGUCUUCUCCUGCCUGAAGCUGCCAGCUCUGAGAGAACUCCGAGCUAAGAAGAUAGUUCGAGGUAUCACGCUGGAUCGUAGGACAAGGCUCAGGAUCCAGAGCCGGUGGCCUUGUCUGUACCAUGUUCUCCAGCAGGGGACACCGAAGCUUCAGGCCCUGAACAACGAGAGGCUCCUUCCUACGUGGAGAGAGAAGAGCUACGGGGAACUGACGGCCAUCCUGGAACAGUCCUGUUACUGUGUGCAGCAUCUAGACAGCUGGCUGUGGUAGUCAGCUGAGACUGAAUAUCCAUUGGUGGGUAAAUCCCAGCAAGAAGUAGAACACUACUUUUACACUCCACAUUUUACGCAAACAAACUGAUUCUGCAAAGGGACAGAGUAAAAUCUCAUUGCUGCAGAUGAAAAAUGAGGUUUGACUGCAGGAUCCUCCCAGUUCCUAAACUGGAAUCUGCUCUUUGUGUAAAAACAUGCGCUGAAAUGAGGCAAUGAUGUACAGCAGGUUUGUAAUCAUUUGUUCGAUAAUCUGCAAAAACAAAAGGUGCUUUUUGCUAAUCACAUUCUGCUGCACCAGCCAGGAAACGAGCAGAGCCUCACGUAUGCAGAUCAGGACUGUAUGAAGAAUAAUCUUCUCUUUUGAGUUGUUGAAAACAUCUUAAACCUGUUGUCAAGGAAACAAACAAUGGAGAGUAAAGGCAAAAUAUUUUCUGGAAAGUCUUAUUUUCAUCUGAGAUAAAAUAAACAUUAUUUCCAUUCAUGCAUACUGAUUUCAGUUGCAUAUUUUUAGAAAUGGUUAUAAAACUGUUCAAAACUAAAAUCUAGCGGCAUCUUAAUUAAAGUACAAAAUGUAGAAAUUAACGCAGGUAAUUUAAUCAGUAAUAAGUUCUACUGAUCAGUUUUGCUAUUAUCACCACUGCCUGUGUGGCCUUACUUUGAAUUACAGUGAGUAAAAAAUCUAAUAUCUUUAAAAUUAAGGACCUUUUUAUAAUGAGUUAUAUUUAGAUGACAUCCUUCAAUUUUCCUCAUUACUGUUUAGUUUUUGAUCAUUUUAAUUUAGUUACUGAGAGAACAUCCAAAUCAGAAAGGGCUGUUGCACUGUUCAUUGGGCCUGUAGGUCCUUUGGGACCAGGGUUUUAAACUGUUUAAAAACACAUUUUUGGUUUAGAUACCAAAAGGCAGCACUUUAAAUGUUUGAAUUUUUAACAAUUACGUAACAUAAAGAUGAUUUCUUACAAAUCUUACUCUAUAGAAUCUAUAGAAUCUUUAGUGUGGGAUAAUCCAAUCCAUAUUUUAGCAAGUUUUUUAAUGUUGAUGAUUUUAGAAUGGAGGUCUUCUAAAGUUGGUCUAGAUGCAAUAAAAACAGUGAAACAGCCCUUUACCAAACUGCCUAAUCAGGAACCAGCUUGUUGUUUUUGUUUUAAGACUGAAAAAUGAAAGUCCAGAUCCAAAUACUGUGCAUAUUUAAUGAUAAUUUAAAAAUAUUGAUCUUGUAGUCUGGUUUUAUCAGUGUGCUCCAAACAUAAUAAAACAACAUUUCCUGAAUGUUCUGAACCUUUUAAUGUGGAUUAAAUGUAGCUGAUUUUACAAUGCAGUCUCAUCUGCACAAACAGUACUGAACCUAAUUCUAUUUUAUUUUCCGCCCAAGCAGUUUGAGUUUCGUUUAAUCCGCGGAUCUUAAGGCACUUUGUUGUUUAACGGUCACAGCUUUGGGUCUGGCAUUGCCCAUGCUUGUUAAACAUACAGAUAUUAAAACAAAACAAAGUAAAUGUCCUGUGCUCUGUUAUCCUAAAUAUUCAUAAAAAGCUGAUGGAUCAAUAUACAUACAAUUAGUAGGAACCUGGUUUUAAAACUGUGAAAAGGUAAUUUUAUGGCAGCUUUUAAAUUCACUUUUUUUACUGUUUUACUCCCCCUCUUAUUUCUAUAUAUUUGCAUUUCUCAUAAAAGGACACAUUUUCUUCGAAUUUGUUUUCAGUCUUGAAAUGACCGUCUAAUAUUAUUAUUUCAGGGGAGAAAAAAAUCUAAUGAAUUUAAAAAUAAAAACUGUUGUUAAUCAUUUCAAUUUAAUUUUAUAAAAUUAUUUUAGGUUUUGCUCCUUUUUCUUAAAAUAAAAUCUCUGGAACAUUUUGCCUUUUUUUCCAUGGUAUCAGAAUAUCUAGACCAAUCUUCACUUUGAAACAUGAUGUGUACUGUACUAUUAAACUGAACUAAUGUUAUUUGAUUAAAUUAAUGAAUAUCAGUUAAAGGUAUCUUCAAAUAAGUGAUGGAAGAUCUGUAGAGAAAUUUGCACAAGAGAGAUGAGGUCAAAGUUAGGUAUGCAGUAAGUAUUUAAAACUGAAUAUUGGUCUGGAUAUGUUGAAAUGAGCUUUUAAGCUAAAGCUGAAAUCAGUUGUAAGUAAAGAUGUAGAGAAGACGAACUGAAGCUCCGCUCUGAAAACGAGCUGAAAACUGUUUGUGUGUUUCUGGCUCGACUGCUGAAUACUUUGCACGUUCAGAUAGUCACUGUUAAGCUGGUGUAAUUCCAAUCAACGUCUGCCAGGAAUGCAAAAUGAGACUUAAUUCCAGUGCUGGACCACAUUGCUCCAAAUUGCUGGUGCUCCUUUUCAGCUUAUUUUGUUUAUGCCAUUCCUCCUUUAGCAAAGGGAGCCGUCAAGGUUUCGAAGCAUUUGUUCUGACGGCAUUUAAGUGAAGAACACCCGCAGCGCCUGAUUUUUGUAGACCUUUUGCACAGUUCUGUUGCCUCCAUGGAAGGUGGUAUGCAGGGAAAUGCGACAGAUCGCAUUCCAGCUUUUCAAGACUGGUUGCAGAGAAAUCCAAUCAGUUUGAUUUGCAGUUUUCCUCCAGAUCAGCAGAGGUCCCUGUUUUCAAAGAUUUGGUCCUGUAGAUUUCUGUGUUUACUGCUGCAUAGUGUAACAGUAGGCUUUUGUGAAAUUAAAUGUGAGAACUGUCUGACAUUUUUUAUUUCUGCUCUGUGGUGGUCAAGUUUCUAUCGCAGCUUAGCGCACCACCUUCUCUUCAAAUUUACUGAAUGAUUUAAACGAUGACCCUUUUCCCAUUUCUGGGAAUUAUUUCCUCCUUUACACGAGCAGGAGGCACUGACAUGUACACAGUUGUAACAUCCAGUCCACUUGUUUCUCAUAAUAAAAAGACUGAGAUUUCA